AUGGAGAGACGUGAAAUAGAAGAAACAACUUUCACCGAAGGAAAUGAUGGUACAGUGAACAUUUCAGGUCCAUCAGGAAGCACAACCACCCCGGGAGUAGAUUUUGUAGAAGAUCAAACAAUGUACUUCCAGACGUGCUAGAUGCAUUCAACGAAUCAUUUGACGCUGACUGGGACGAAAUAGAAGCCCGCCUAGAGAAACUAAAUAAGAUUUCAACAGAAAAUAAAAAGAGAGAUUUUGAAAACCAGGUGGAGCGUGUUCAAGCUGUCACAAGAGUUAUUAAGAAUAAGGAGGGACUGAUACUAGAUCCUAGGAAUAGAUACGUCAGGGAACUCAUCAAACGAUCAUCUGUAAGAACACUAAAGGAUGGCACAGAGGUGUUGGUAUUUAGAAGUGAACAAGGUAUUGACAAAAGUGGAACACAAAUAAUGAAACGUGGUAAGACCAGUAAACUGUGUACUCAAGACUCCAUGCAUUAA